CUCAUCGAUGGGAUCAAGAUCAAGGGGGUCCCAGUCGAUGCCAUCCAAUUGAGGUACUUCCCAUUUACUCUGGAGGGGCAAGCCAAGGAGUGGUUGGACACUCGACCUCCAGACUCAAUCACCACGUUCUCCAACCUGGCAGACAAGUUCCUCACCCGCUACCAUCCUCCGUCGAAGAUGGCGGACCUGCAGAACCAGAUCACCCACUUUACCCAGGAUGAAGAUGAGACCAUUCGGGAUGCUUGGGAAAGAUACACCAGUCUUUUCCUCAAGUGUCCCAACCAUGGUUUUACUGACGCCUUCAAGGUGGGCACCUUCUACCAUGCCCUCUUCCCAGAAGACAAGCAGCUGAUUGACUCGGUUUGUGGCGGAAACAUGCUGACCACGCCGCCGCCGCAGUUGAAUCAGCUCUUUGAGGAGAUGGCAGAGAAAGGGUAUGAUUGGGGUACUGCUAUGAGGUCGAGGCGAGCACCAAGCCGGGGUGUACAUGUUGUGGGUACCCCCUCUUCUGAUUUGAUUUGGUCCAACCAGGCCAAUAGAGACGACAUGCAGACAACGACAACGAUGACGAGGGUGCUGAUCGCGAGGAUGGAAAGAGAAUAGAGGCGGCGACCGGAUCUAGUUCAACGCCGGAGUCGGGGGGAGGAGUUGUAGCGGGCGCAGUCUAGUGGCGAUGAUGCCGAGG